UCUCUCCUUUCCCUCCCGAGAUCCCAACUCCUCUCUCUCUCUCUCUCUCUCUCUCUCUCUCUCUCUUCGUUGCUUCGUAGAAGAAGAAGAAGAAGAAGGGAGGAGACUCGAAGAUCUCCGGUCCCGAUUCCGGCGCGGAUCGGAUCAGGAGCUCGCCGGAGCAUCGUCGGAGCAUCGCCGGUGGAUCGUCGGAGGAUCGCCGGAGGAGGAGGCCGUGGAGAAGGUCCUUUUACUACUCCACAACACCUUCUGUCUACGUAUAAAGUAAGCGGAUUUAAGUAGUGGAGCGUGUUAAUUUUAGUAGAUUGCAUCUCAGUUGGAUACUUGGAUUGAGGGUGUGCGGAUUCGAGGAGUAUGAUGGAUGAUCUACUUGAUUCGGAUUUGGGGAAGCAUGAUUAUGAUUGGCUUUUAACACCUCCAGGAACUCCUCAUAAUUCUUCUUUGGAUCUUACUGAGAUGCCACUCUCUUCAACUGUACCAAAACGCGCCACCACUAGAUCAUCGUCCGCUGCAAGAGCUUCGCGGUUUUCUGCUUCUCAACCAGAGAACAGCAAUUUACCAAGACUAGCCCGAAGCAGUUCACUAUCCCGCCCUUCCACUGCUUCCACCUUCAUUCCUAGUAAAAACAGAACUUCAAUUUUAAACACAAGCUCGGCCUCAGUCAACUCAAGGCCAUCAACUCCGAUCAAGCGGGUGGGCACUCUUUCUUCAACAAGGCCAACGACAACUCCGGCCUCUCGUCCUGUGCCGACACGUUCUCCCACACCGGUCAGAACCCAGGCUCUACCCACCUCUGCCGCAAUUAAGACCAGACCCUCGCAAAAUGCUAGGUCAUCAACCCCGUCCACGCGGCCCCGAGUUACUCCUACUUCAAAUUCAAAUUCAAAUUCAAAUUCUUCAGCGCCCCGGUCUACUUCCCGGCCAUCAACCCCUACUCGCCAUCCUAUUAUCCCAGGCAGAUCACCGUCUGUCGGGCAGAUCCGGACUUCUGGAGGUCUAACAUCUACUGGGCGAAGCCCAAUCCCUAGCGGUCAAAGUUCCGCACCUUCAUCACGCCCAAGCUCCCCUAGUCCACGGCCUCGGACUCCAGUUCGGCCACUUGAUAUCCCCGAUUUUCCGACUGAAACGCCACCAAAUCUAAAAACUAAGCUGCCCGAACGGCCAGUUUCUGCAGGAAGAGCACGCCCAGGAAUGGCUUUGACAGUAAGGUCAUCCCCUAAUUCUGAACCAGCAGCUACUUUGAGCUCACAUAAGAGGAUCUCAUUGCCUGUUGUUACUCGGAAUAAGUUUCCGGAGAACAUUUCAAAGGUUCCUUUGUUCAACAAUGGGCAACAAGCCAUGCAGACCAUGAUGAAAGCUACAGAGAACAGUGGAUUUGGAAGGACAAUCUCGAAGAAGUCGCUUGACAUGGCCAUCAGACACAUGGACAUUCGACAAAAUAUUGGCGGCAUCCGGAGUACGUCCCUCUUCCCGCGCAGCAUCCGCAGUUCUGCCAGAAAACACCAACCGGCUCGUACACCAGACUCCGUGAUCCCUAACGAGGACGAACUCCUUUCUGAAAAUGGAAAUAGCAAUGGAACAGUUUCUGGGGAUUCCAACAGAGGAAGCUCAUACAACGGCGGCAGUACAGCUAAUAACUCUCCCGAUAGAGAAAACCUCGCGACAAAAGAUAUCUUGAACGAUAUCGAUAUCUAUGGUAGCUUCCGCUAUGACUCGAUGUUGCUGAGAGAGGAUGUGAGUAACACUAAUUGGUUGCACAGUGUUGACGACAAGUCGGAUGAGAGCUCCGUGUUCGAUCACCGGCUCGAGCCUCUCCCGGAACCUUUCGGUCCUCUAUGACAGUGAUUCACUAUGUAAAGUUUGAUAUGCUUGAUUCUUCACUUUCUUCUGUUCUACUUUUCCUCUCUUUUUUUUGGGAAUUUUUCAUAUCAUUGUUUUAGAACUUAUCUUUUUCUGAUGAAUCCUCUUCUGUUGUUGAAAAUGGUUGGGUGUGGUCUUAGAUCGCGGCCCUUACUCGAAUUUGUUGUUUUUCAAUUCACAGGUUUAUUGUACUAAAAUUCAGAAUGCAAAAUUAAAAGAUAUUUGAGCUUUUCUUUGUCUUG